AUGGGUCGCAAGUCUGCGCCCCGUGCCACAGCAGAGGCUCACGAUGCAUCGACCAAAGUGGUGAGCCCUAUCCCAGGGCGAGCUUCCUACGCAACGAUAAUACAACAGACGAAUCUAGUCCUGCAAGUGGCUGCGCACUCCUUUGACAUUGAUGCAUCGUCUAGCUUCAGCACCCAUCCUCCCCUUGUCUCGGUUCUCGGAUCCAUAUCCGCUCAAGGUAUCAGCCCAGCCAGGUGCACCUCCCUCUCUCGACCAUCAGCUUCACCCUCUCAGAUGAAGGCCAAGGAAGUCUGCGAAAACCUACGUUCUGCUUUGCCCAGCUUUGAUCGGGUUUCAAGCGUGUUUGGCGAGAAUGGCAGCUGGUGGGACAGCUUCCGCGAUAAGACUCGCGUUAUAUCACAGGCUCACUUUGAAGACAUAGACACAUUUUCUGCGAAGGCAUAUACAAGUAUGAAGCCAGCCGAGGUCGGCACUCUUGCAGUAGCCUAUGCUCGCAGUCUUAAUCAAGGAUUUCACCCGCUGAUGGAAACUGUCGAAAACCUUGUCCUUUCGGACAUAUCUUAUGCAGCCACUACGGAUGGCAUGAUGUGCCUGAUACUUUUGGGGAAAACGUAUACUGAUAUUGGCCAUCCACGCCGUGCUUGGCUUGUGUGGCGACGGGGCAUAACCGUCGCCCAACUCAUGGUAUGCGUCCCAUCAAUCACAUUUGGUGUGUGGCUCGCUAACAAACUGACGAAGGGAUAUCACCGCGAGGACUGCGUUGAUCCAGGGGGAAAGGGGGCCUGGUGUGCAGUGUAUCAUGGUGAUCGCUUCACAAGCAUGUUGCUGGGGCUACCUCAUGGAUGCAGUGACAGUAUUCUGGAGCCACAGUUCAAAAAUGUCACUAACACCAUGCCUUUGGAACAUCAUUUCACGCACCGAUGCGCUGUUGUAGCCGGAAGAAUCAUUGAGAGGAACGUUGCAUCAGCAAAGCUAGCCUAUUCAGAACUCAUGGCCAUCGAUGAGGAAAUGGACGCUAUAGCGGACUCGACGCCUCAAUCUUGGUGGGCCAUUCCGGAUAACCUGUUGAUUUCUUACAUUCUGAACUUUGAGGAGUUGCGGGAACGACUUCUCCUGCACUUCUACUUUUUCCACGUUCGCCUACAUUUACAUCUACCAUCCAUGACAACGUCCAAGACCGUUCAUGCAACUACUCACGUCAGCAGGCUGGCUUGUAUCGCUGCAGCUCGUCAGCUGAUCAAGCGGUUUAAUGUUUUGAAUAUGAUGACCCCUAAGGGAAAGCGACUCUUUGAAUGUAAAACAAGCAUUUUUGUCGCUUUCACAGGAGCCGUAGUCCUCGCGCUUGGGAUGUGCCAUCUUAUCGACCUUCGGUACAGUGAAGUAGACUCACAGGAGGACGAAAGACUGCUCUUAACCUUCUAUGCGGCUUUACAAGAUGAAGAACGGCGCAACGGCUGUAAUAUUUCGUCGCAAUGUCGAACUGCUCUCGGUGCUCUUCUUACAGUUACACCACAUGGUCAUGGCAGAGACGGGGGAAGCAAUCUAUCCGCUGAUGAAAUGCCCUGCGAGAUGCGCAUCCCGUAUUUUGGAAAGAUCUCGCGACUGAAAGCCGGUGGUGGCUCAGAACAUGGAGAACCGCAGCCUGUUGAACUCGGCUUACCUCCCAUGACAAACGAGACGCUUAGUGCUGAAGUGUCUGCUCUUCCUUCAGCGGCUACAAGCACCGCCAGGGACUCUUGGAUAUAUGAAUAUCCAGAAACAUGGAUGUCAGUAUCUUUACUCGCAGGUUCAGAGGCUGACACCGGCUACGAUAAUCUGUUCUCGCAGCUGGAUAUGCUGGAAAUGGAUCUCGAUUGGGACUGGGCAUCCUUUUCGACUAACGAGAUGGGAUGAUGGAGCUAUUAUUGCUGUUUCUAAAAACAGAUGUAAUGCCUGCAACUAGGAAGCUAUUGGCGUCACUUGCAAAGCAACGUAUAGCUGGCCG